AUUAAAACCAAAUCAAAACAUAAAUAUUAGAAUCAAUAUUCUAACCUCACUCCGCAGCGCCCCACAACAUACUUUUCCCCUUUUCCGUAAUCCCAAACAUAUAAUUUUUAAAUUAGUAUUUAAUGGUAUGAAAAAUUAAAGAGAAUAUGGAAGAAGACUGCUUCGGCGACGAAAAAUGUUUCAGCAAGCCGAUAAAGACUUUGGAAGAGAAAUGGAAACUAGUGCCUGCCUUUUUGAAAGUAAAGGGUCUGGUGAAACAACACAUCGAUUCUUUUAAUUACUUCAUAAAUGUGGAGAUCAAGAAGAUCGUCGAAGCUAAUAACAGGGUAACAUGUGAUGCUGAUCCUAUAUUUUACCUUAAAUACACAAAUGUGCAUGUGGGUAACCCAGAUGUUGAUGAGGGGUUCAAUAUCAGCAAGGCCACAACACCACAUGAAUGCAGGUUAAGGGACAUGACCUAUUCAGCCCCCAUUUCUGUAGACAUAGAAUACACCAAAGGCAAUCAAAGGGUAUCAAAAUCUGGCUUGUUGAUUGGUAGAAUGCCAAUUAUGCUGAGAUCAUCCAACUGUGUCUUAAGCAACAAAUCAGAAUUUGAGUUGGCAAAAAUGAAUGAAUGUCCUUUGGACCCAGGGGGAUAUUUUGUUGUAAAAGGCCAGGAAAAGGUUAUUCUCAUUCAGGAACAGCUUAUGAAGAACAGGAUGAUUGUGGAAGAAGGAAAGUGGGGCAUACAGUGCCAAGUGACAAGUUCUACACAUGAGAAGAAAUCCAGGACAAUGGUCUUUGUAAAAGGCAACAAAUACUACCUAGGCCAUAAUACUUUCACUGAUCCAAUUCCUGUAUCAAUCAUAUUUAAGGCAAUGAAUAUUACAAGUGACUUGGAGAUCUGUGAAUUGAUUGGUGUAGAAGAUGUACAUAAACUUACACCUACUUUAGAAGAAUGUCAUAAUCAGAAACUCUAUGUGCAGGAUGCUGCUUUGAAGUAUUUGGGAACUAAAUUGGUUGUCAAAAGGUUUGUAACAGCAGCGUCAAGAAUAAAAACACCUGCAGAUGAAGCUAGAGAUCUCUUGGCAACAACAGUAUUGGCACAUGUCCCUGUGGAAGACUAUAAUUUUAGGCUGAAAGCUAUCUAUUUAGGGCUAAUGGUGAAACGAGUUAUAGAAGCACAAAGUGAUGAGAAGUUUCUAGAUGAUAGAGAUUAUUAUGGAAAUAAAAGACUGGAACUUGCUGGAUCGCUGAUAUCGCUUAUGUUCGAGGAUGUUUUCAAGCGUUUCAACUGGGAACUAAAAAACACUGCUGAGAAAACAAUACCGAAAAUUAGAGCCUCUCCAUUUGACAUAGUCAAAUACAUGAGAUCAGAUUUGAUCACAAAUUGUCUGGUCUUUGCUAUCUCAACUGGAAACUGGACAAUUAAGCGAUUUAGGAUGGAAAGGCAAGGGGUGACUCAAGUGUUGUCAAGGUUGAGCUAUAUUUCAGCUUUGGGAAUGAUGACCAGGGUUAACUCUCAGUUUGAGAAGACGAGAAAAGUGUCGGGUCCGAGAUCACUGCAACCAAGCCAAUGGGGUAUGCUGUGCCCCAGUGAUACCCCAGAAGGAGAAGCUUGUGGUCUGGUGAAAAAUUUGGCACUCAUGACUCAUAUCACGACAGAAGUGGACGAAUUACCUUUGAUAAGGUUGGCAAGCAACUCAGGGGUGCAAGAUAUUUAUAUGGUGCCGAGUUUCUCUAUUCACGCGUCUGAUUCUUUCUUGGUGUUUCUGAAUGGCAAUAUACUCGGCGUGACGAAGACUUUCAAGAGGCUCAUCAACACCUUUAGAUUGAUGAGGAGGAAAGGCUACAUUUCAGGCUAUGUCUCCAUCUAUCCCAGUUACCUCCAUAGAGCGGUUUACAUCAGUUCUGACAGUGGAAGAUUGUGUAGACCAUACAUUAUUGUACGUAAAGGAGUGCCUUUGGUAGAAGAAAAACAUAUUCAAGAAUUAGAACAAGGUAUCAGGGGUUUCGAAGAUUUUGUCCACGAUGGUCUGAUUGAAUUUCUGGACGUAAAUGAAGAGAAUGAUAGUUUCAUAGCUUGUUACGAAAGUGAUAUAAUCCAAAAGACAACACAUUUAGAAAUAGCACCAUUCACCUUGCUGGGUGUAUGUGCGGGAUUGGUACCAUAUCCUCAUCACAACCAGUCACCCAGGAAUACUUACCAGUGUGCUAUGGGUAAGCAAGCUAUGGGGACCAUUGGGUAUAAUCAGAAAAACAGGAUGGACACUUUGAUGUAUAAUUUAGUUUACCCGCAAGCUCCAAUGUGUAAAACAAAGUCAAUAGAAUUGACUAAUUUUGACAAGCUUCCUGCUGGACAGAAUGCCACAAUUGCUGUAAUGAGCUAUAGUGGUUAUGAUAUAGAAGAUGCUCUGAUAUUAAAUAAGGUAUAUAGUUGCAAGUAUAAGAUACAAUCUAAUCUCUGUUCAAUCUUUGCAUUUUCAUCUGUCACUUAAUCCACCUUAACAUAUGCAGAAUCUUUUUCCAUUUUUAGGCUUCUAUAGAUAGAGGCUUUGGUAGAUGUCUAGUGUAUAGGAAUUCGAAAUGUAUGAUGAAGCGAUACGCCAAUCAGACUUAUGAUAGAAUACAAGGACCAAUGAUUGACACUGCGAACAAUCAAAUCAUCUGGAAACACGCUUGUCUGGACAAUGAUGGAAUUGUUGCUCCUGGGGAGCUUGUCAAGAAUAGACAGGUUUUAAUAAACAAAUCGGUGCCAACAGUGUCAGCGGUACCUGGUAGCGCAGCACCCAAUUCAAACGUGGAUUACAAAGAAACGCCCGUUUCUUAUAGAAAUGAUGAACCUAGUUAUAUAGAAAAGGUAUUGAUAAGUACAAAUGAAGAAGACACAUCUCUGAUAAAAAUUUUAUUGAGGCAAACUAGGAGGCCAGAAAUCGGUGAUAAAUUUAGUUCAAGGCAUGGACAAAAAGGUGUGGUAGGUUUAGUCGUAGAGCAAGAAGAUAUGCCUUUCAACGAAUAUGGAAUUUGUCCUGAUAUUAUCAUGAAUCCUCAUGGUUUUCCAUCUAGAAUGACAGUUGGAAAAUUGAUAGAACUUCUAUCAGGCAAAGCGGGUCUAAUGGAAGGAAAAUUCCAUUAUGGUACCGCUUUUGGCGGCUCAAAAGUGAGUGAUGUGAGUGAAGAAUUGGUCAGACAUGGUUUUAACUACCAAGGCAAAGAUGUUUUCUACUCUGGAAUCACUGGUGAACCAUUGGAAGCCUACAUAUACAGCGGGCCUGUAUACUACCAAAAGUUGAAACAUAUGGUGCAAGAUAAAAUUCACGCAAGAGCUAGGGGACCAAGAGCUGUGUUAACAAGGCAGCCAACAGAAGGAAGGAGCAGGGAUGGCGGAUUGAGGUUAGGAGAGAUGGAGAGAGACUGUCUUAUUGGUUAUGGGGCAAGCAUGAUGUUAAUAGAACGUCUGAUGGUAUCCAGUGACCAAUGUGAGGUAGACGUCUGCAACGCCUGUGGGCGUCUUGGGUACUGUGGAUGGUGCAACAGCUGCAAAAGUUCAGGGCAAGUGAGUAGCAUCACGAUGCCUUAUGCUUGCAAACUGCUACUGACAGAGCUGCAGGCUAUGAACGUCACAGCCAGGCUGACAUUGACACCUUAUUGUGAGGAAUAGCAUGUGAUUAUGUAUUUUAUAUUUUAUAAUUUAUUGUUAAUAAAUGUUUUAAAUUGAG